UCUCCACCUCAAAGCUUCAGAAAAUUUCUCCACAAUACCUAACCUUCUCUCUCCCUCUCUCUCACAUUCUUCCCAAAACCAAAAUCCCCAAAAAUUCCAAAUUCAAUCUUGAAUGAAUGAAUGAAUGAACGAAUGGAAUGAUUGAUCCUAACUCCAAUGCAACCAUUUCCUUCUUCUUCCUCCAACCAUGUCUUUUAGCCGCUCAAUGCGCUCUCAAUCCCUCGCCAAUCCUCCUCCCUUAGCCGAGAAAAUCACCGAAGAACCAAUCACCAGCAAAACCGCUCAAAGUACCGUCACCUGUUUCUACCAAGCCAACAUCGCCGGUUUCUGGCGCAACGUCACCGUUUUAUGGUGUAAGAAUCUCAUGAACCAUACUUUAACCAUCACCAUUCAAAGUCUUCAAGGUGAUUUCCAUUGCAAUUACAAAAUCGACGUUAAGCCUUGGCAUUUUUGGAGCAAGAAAGGCUUCAAAUCCCUUGAAUUAGACGGAAAUCAAAUCGAUAUUUAUUGGGAUGUUCGUUCUGCUAAAUUCUCUACCGGUCCUGAACCUUACUCUGAUUUCUAUGUCGCUUUAGUCUCCGAUGAGGAAGUCGUUUUGCUUUUAGGUGAUUACAAGAAGAAAGCUUAUAAAAGGACUAAAUCUAGACCUGCUCUUCUUGAUGCCAUUUUGAUUUACAAAAAGGAAAAUGUCUUUGCCAAAAAGUGCUUUUCAACUCGGGCUAAAUUCGACGAUCGUCGUAAGGAAUGUGAUAUUGUUGUUGAGAUUUCCACUUCGGGCGCUAAAGAUCCGGAGAUGUGGAUCAGUAUCGACGGCAUUGUUCUUGUUCAGGUAAAGAAUUUGCAGUGGAAAUUCCGGGGAAAUCAAACGGUCCUCGUUAACAAGCAAUCGGUUCAAGUCCUAUGGGAUGUUCACGAUUGGCUCUUCACUAACCCUGGAACUGGUCAUGGUUUGUUCAUUUUUAAACCCGGUCCACCCGAAUCGGAAAGCGACAAGGAAGGUAGCGGCGGCGGCGGGGCGUUGGAACCCAGUGACGACGGCAGUAUCUAUUACUCGACUCGGAGUAUGAACUCGUCUCACCAGACCGAGUUCUGCCUUUUCCUUUAUGCGUGGAAAUUGGAAUGAUUUAUUUCUACAAAAAAGAAAAAAAGAAAAGAAAAUAACGUUUUUUUUUUCUUUAACUACGAAACU